AUGGCAUUCGUAUUCAAGUUUCUUGUACCUUUCGCUUUGGCAUCAGUGGUUCUUGCCGGUAAAGCCCCGGGUGGCUACUCAUAUAAUCGAUUCAGUGGACCUGUCAGCGGUAGGAUCAUCGAGGUGAAAGUGCCAGCUGCUGAAAAUAUAGCUGCCCAACAGCACGCGGACUACGGUUAUGAUCAUCAAACUGGCAAAAUACAUCCAGACACAGCUAAAUACGCUCAUUUGAAGACUGUAGACUAUGUGGCCAAACCUGAUUAUCAAUACGCAUACGGCGUAGAAGAUCCCCACACCGGCAACUUGCAGAACCAUAAGGAGUUCCGCGAUGGUGACGUCGCUACCGUGCAUAAAAAAGCCGGCGGUCAAGCUCAGAAACCAGUACACUACGGAUACCCCAAACAACAACAAGAAGAAGACGAUUCAAGAGAAUACUAG